CAAAUUGCCAUAUAUAUUAAUGGUGAACAUAAAAUUGGUACAUCCUAGCCAAUUAAUUAAUACUACAACCCUGACGUGCUGUCACGAUUGUAUCAAAACGCGGGUGAGUUUAUCAUUUACAUUCUUAUUCUUACCAUCUAUAUUCUAUUCUGCGUCAUUACACAAGCGUAGAAUUGUCGUUUUUCUGAACAACACCGGUACUGCAACGAUCCGCCACCUCUUUCUCCUCGUGCCCGGCAAUCUCUCACAGCGUUUGACCAUCUGCGGUUUGUAAAUCCCUUCGGGUGAAGAUGAGUGAAGUUUUCGAUGGUUACGAGCGCCAGUACUGCGAGCUCUCGGCUAAUCUUUCCAAGAAGUGUACGGCGGCCGGUACUCUUGAUGGAGAGCGAAAGAAACAAAAGGUUUCAGAAAUAAAGACGGGAAUUGAUGAAGCGGAAUCUUUGAUUCGGAAAAUGGACCUUGAGGCAAGAGCUUUGCAGCCCAAUGUUAAGGUUGUGCUUCUUGCCAAAUUGAGGGAAUAUAAAUCAGAUUUAAACAACCUGAAAACUGAGGUUAAAAGACUAGUAUCUGGAAACUUGAAUGCUUCAGCUCGAGAUGAGUUGUUGGAGUCGGGCAUGGCUAAUACCUUGACGGCAUCAGCUGAUCAGAGAUCGAGAUUAAUGUUCUCAACAGAAAGAUUAAACAAGACUAGUGAUAGAAUUAAGGAUGGCAGAAGAACCAUGCUGGAAACAGAGGAGCUGGGUGUCUCUAUUCUUCAAGAUUUGCAUUCACAACGGCAGUCUCUCUUACAUGCUCAUAACACGCUUGAUGGAGUGGAUGACAACGUUGGUAAGAGCAAGAAAAUUUUGACUAACAUGGCAAGGAGGAUGAGCAAGAACAAGUGGAUUAUUGGGUCUAUUAUUGCAGUUCUUGUCAUUGCCAUCCUUUUGAUCUUGUACUUCAAGCUUACAUAGUCAGGAAACUGAUGUUUGUUGGGUUACGCUUGCAAGUGUUUCCAGGAAGUGUUAUUUUUUUUCUUGCCUUCAAAUUUCUGGGGUCGUUUUGUAAGUCCUAAGUUUGUAAUUGAGUGAUAACGUGUGCAGCAGUAAUGGAAGUGCAAGUACGUGUGUUUUAAUA